CUACAGGGAAGUCAAAGAGCGAACAGGAGAAUUCCCAGAGCCGAAUUUCAGCGCAAAACAGCACCUUGAACAGCACAGAACUGACUGUCGAACUUGGACGAACGCUGGCACAAAUCGGCGACAAGCUAAAUACACAGUAUUUUGAAGAAUGGAACUCGCACAAAAACUACAAAAGAGACAUUGGUAUCGUAUCACAUCUCGCCAGUGUUGUGGCAAGAACAUUAUCUGUCGUCUUAAUUAGUGGAUGGUGCGAUAACCUUCGUUAA